AUGGUCUGGAAGGAGCAACUAAGCUUUGGGCAGGGUGAAGGCUUCCUUUUGCUGGAUAGGCCAAAAGUGUUUCAACAGCAGAGGCACAGGCUCUUCCCAAGUGUAACCACGGUUGCAGACUGGUCGUUGUUGCGCACAGCUCCUUCACCCUGGGCAGAGUUGGAGUUUGACAACAUCAUCCUUACAGUACCAUCAGAUGUUGUUCGGGACCUGGAACGCCCCGAUGAGUUGGCAGCGCACUGGAAUGACAUCAUGAGGGCAAUUGCUGAUCUCGCUGCCAUCCCACACAAACUUCCUCGCAAAGAACGUUUUGUAACUGAUGUGCAGAUUUCCCAUGGUUGGAUGCAUGCAGGUUAUCCUGUCAUGACCCACAAGUCCGCAGCAGCGGCCCUUGUCAGCAUUGACCAUGCUAGGAGUAAAGGCCUCUGGGGCCCCAUCCACGAGCUUGGACACAACCAACAGAGAAGCUGUUGGGAGUUCCCUCCACACACCACAGAGUGUACAUGCAACCUGUGGUCAGUGUAUGUGCAUGAAGAAGUGCUGGGGAUCAACAGGGCACAGCUCCAAGAAAAGUUUGGCUGGGAUGCCAUUAAGAAGGUGUUUGCUGCCUACCACAAGAUGAGCAACUUUCCAAAGGACAACAAAGGAAAGAUGAACCUGUACGCUGAGACUUUCUCCCAGACUGUGGGAAUGAACCUGGCUGGAUUCUUUAAGUCCUGGGGUUGGCCCAUCGAAACAGCCACUGAAGAGAAACUCUCCAACCUGCCCCCCUGGAGUGACCACCCUAUGACACUGGCUCCACUUUGGAACAAUGCCAUUCGUUGGCUGGAUGAAGGCGGACAGGGCAUUGUUGGCGUAGCACCAGACCUCGACCAAACCUUUAAACUCUUCAGCAAGUCAGAGUUUAAUUGUGAGAAGACAAACUUCAGGAAGAACCUCAGUGUAUUUGCCUGUACAGCAUACAGCGAUGAACAUCUGGAGGAAAUCCAGGACUUUGUGGCAGAGGGAGGAGGCCUGCUGAUUGGUGGACAUGCCUGUAAAGGCAGUCUGCCCUGCUCUCACUCCUUUAUACUUUCUCUUUCGUCCUAUCAGACAGUGUUCUGCUGUGCCUUGAUCAAAUUAUAUAACCAGAAGAAGCAAAUUAACUUUCAGGACAGCCUGACUGACACAACACACCGCUAUCUUGGUACAACUGUUAAACCUCACUUACUGACACAGCUCACACCUGACUCAGCACACCUUCUGCCAUCCUGCCCUCUUCAUUUAGCCUUCAGAGCAUCGAUCUGUCUCACCAUGUCCGCCCUCUCCUACCAUGAAGGGGCCUACAUGUCCCUGAUGCGUGGCUUGAGAGAGCUGGACCUCCAGGGCCCCUGUGUUCCCAGUGAGCUUUAUCUGAUUGGAGAUCAUGCCUUUCCUUUAGCAAUGAACAGCAAAGGCCAGGUCCUGAUGGCUGCCUCUCUGUAUGGCCGUGGAAGGAUUGUUGUCCUGGGUCAUGAAGGCUACCUGACUGCCUUUCCUGCUCUGGUAGAGAACGCUCUGACCUGGCUGAGAGGGGAUGGGUCUGACAACUUGUCUGUGGGGGUCCACAAAAACAUAAAGGCAGUGGCUGAUAACCUCAGCAGAUCUAUCUUCCAAGCCAAAGUUGUGGGUUCCUUUAGUAAUGAUCUGGAGGUUGGUGUGUAUGUGACUGAUGCCUACAGCGUGGGUGCAGACCCAAAGGACCUGGUGGCAUUUCUGAAAGCUGGAGGAGGAGUGCUGAUAGCGGGGCAGGCAUGGCACUGGGCUGUAAACCACCCUAAGGAGAACGCCAUCCUACAAUUUCCAGGGAAUAAAGUGUCUGGGGUGGCUGGGAUCUACUGUACUACGCAUUAUGGGAAGGUAGAGAUCCUGCCUGUCUACCCUCAGAUCCCAUCAUCAUGGAUGACUAUAAAACUUGGUAAGGAUUUUGAAGAUGACCUGGAAUUCUUACUCCAGAACGUUUCAGAGUUUGACCUCCAAGGUGAAUCAGUACCUUCUGAGGUUCUUGUCCAUGGCCCACUAGCCUUCCCUAUUGGUACCACUAAGGAUGGACAGGCAUUCCUGGCAGGAGCCUACUAUGGGCAGGGACGGGUCAUUGUGGUGACACAUGAAGCAUAUCUGGGAAGAAAGACACUAGCUUCUUUUUGGAACAAUGCCAUUGAUUGGUUGGACCAAGGCCGGCAGGGGGUCAUUGGUGUUGUACCAGAUCUCAGUCUCAGCGAGUUAGGGUUAAAGUGCGAGAAGACGGUGUUCAAGAAAGACCUGAGUGUAUUCGUGUGUACAGCGUACAUUGAUGAUCAUGUGGCUGAAAUCCAAGACUUUGUAGCAGAGGGAGGAGGCCUGCUGAUUGGUGGACAUGCCUGGUACUGGGCACAUACACACAAAGGGCAAAACCCAUUGACAGAUUUCUCAGGAAACAAGAUCCUGAACAAAAUGGGCAUGAGCCUGUUGAAGGCCACAAUUAGUGGAGGUUCCUACAAGGCCCCUGUGCCCAGCCAGGCCAUGAAACACACCUACCACUUCCGCAAUCUUCUACACCUCCUGGCUGGUCAUGUCGCCCAGGGUGAAAAACUCAGAGAGCAUGAGGAGGAACGCCUUAAAAAACUGGGUCAGGACUGUGCCGACUACUUGUCCAUGAAGGCUUAUUACAGCUACUCCUACAUGCAGGUGUUUUCCAUCCUCACUGACAUAAUGAAGAAGUCCGGCAUGCCACAGGUGAGUGAAAAGAAUCCUGUGAAGAGUCCAAAAGACUACCUACUCCUCAGUUUGGGGGCAGAUUUAUAUAAUGUUUCCCCCAAUCCUGAUGCCCUCCUACCUUACCUCAUCAAGCAAGAUCCUAUUAUGCCUUUUGUCUAUAACCAAAGGAUCAGGAUAAAUGCUAACACGGCAGGAAUGAAAGAGUGGCUUAGUACUGGUCUGUACCUGUCUCCUGGAAUGAAGACCGAGAUAAUCAUACCAGCAGAGAUCGUCAACAAGAGAUGGACGAUCCAGGUAGGCUGUCAAACAGACAAGCUGAAUGCUGAAGAGUUGAAAAGAGCACCGUGUGUUUGUGAGCGAUUUCCUGUUACCACAGAGAAGAUGCAGGUGUCAAACCUAUGGGGGGGGCUCAUCUACCUGGUGGCCCCACCUAACACAAAGGUGGAAGGGGCAGAGAUCAUGGUGCAGACAGCUACACCUGCUCCUUAUUACAAGUGUGGUGUGACAACAGCAGCUGAUUGGUUGUCGCUGCGUAAAGCUCCCUCACCCUGGGCAGAGCUGGAGUUUGACAACAUCAUCCUUACUGUACCAUCACAUGUUGUUCGAGACCUUGAGCGCUCUGAUGAGGUGGCAGCGCUUUGGAAUGACAUCAUGAAGGGUGUCGCAGAUCUGGCUGCCAUCCCACACAAAUUUGAACGUAAAGAACGCAUUGUAGCAGAUGUGCAGAUUUCCCAUGGUUGGAUGCAUUCAGGCUAUCCUAUCAUGAUGCACUCAUCUAUAGCAGCUGAGUUGGUCAGUCUAGAUGAUGCCAGGACUGUAGGCCUGUGGGGAGAAAUUCAUGAACUGGGACACAACCAACAGAGAAGCUGUUGGGAGUUCCCUCCACACACCACAGAGUGUACAUGCAACCUGUGGUCAGUGUAUGUGCACGAAGAGGUGCUGGGGCUCAACAGGGCACAGGCUCAUCCGAAUAUGACCUUAACAAAUCGGAAGAGCUGUGUAGAGGAGUAUGUUAAGGGGGGCAGGAAACUCAAGGAUUGGGAAGUGUGGCUGGCCCUGGAGACAUACAUGCAGCUCCAAGAAAAGUUUGGCUGGGAUGCCUUUAAGAAGGUGUUUGCUGCCUACCACGAGAUGUUCAACUUUCCAAAGGACAACAAAGGAAAGAUGAACCUGUAUGCUGAGACUUUCUCCCAGACUGUGGGAAUGAACCUGGCUGGAUUCUUUAAGUGCUGGGGUUGGCCCAUAGGAAGAGAUACUGAGGAGAAACUCUCGUACCUUCCUCCCUGGACUGACCACCCGAUGGUCCACUAUGAUUAAACUUUAGACUGCUAAAACUGCUGAUGAUGGGUGUUUAUAAUCAGCAAUGAAUUGGUCGACUCUGGGUUGAUUUUUAUUAUUUAAGAAGUGAUUUCCCAAGAAAACAGGAAAUAAUUUGUUAAGAUAAGAAAAAUAAUUGAUUAACAGUUUAUGAGCAAGUUGGCUAAAGAACAACAUUGAGUUAAUGGCCUAGAAAGAUGAAAUCAUUCAGUUCACACGAAGAUUGUAAAGUAAAAUAUUAUUUACAUAAUAGAAUUGCCAACAUGAGCAACAAAAGUGCUCACAUACCUCCUCACAUUUACUCCUUACUCUGAAAUAAUUAAUCUGAGGAUGCUAAAAUUGACAGCUAGAUGAUGAUCACUCCUAAGCAAAAUUUUCCUCCAUAUGAUGGAAAAAAUAUUUAAAAUAGAAUUUUCUACUGUAAAGAAAUGGGGGAAGAAAACAAUAACUACUGGGAGUACAAUUUUAUUUUUGUAACAAGAAAGUACACAUAUGUUGUCAAAAUAAAAACCUAUUAAUCUUCUAAGCAUAGAUAGGUCCAUGACUAGGUAUAUUCAAGAAGGCCCUAAAAAAUGACCAUUCUGCUAAAAGUACAUCUGCAGCUUAAAGCAAUAUAUAAUUCUGCUGUUUGGGCUAUAAAUAGCUGUAAAAUCACAACUAUGAGCUGACACAAGCACUCUGUAAAGCUGAGGGGAAACGGUAGAGUAAGGUGAUCACUCUAUGAGAGUUCAUCCCUAUGAGCAACUCCUUUCAAAUUAAAAUUUUGACUAUAGCAGCUUUAAAUGUUUUUCAGCAACCAUAACAACUCAGCAAGAAUUUGCCAUAAACUAAAGUGGGCUUACACUGUAUCUUGUGUCAGGUUAGGGUCAUCCCACAGGGCAAAAUAAUAAUGGUUGACUUGAGAUUCAGAUUCAUAACACUUAUAUGUUGAAAGUUCCUAUUUUAUAUAUUAAUACAAAAAUGAUGUAUACAUUUCUGUAAUUGCUACUUGGACUGCGUUUUCACUGUAAUCCUGAAGGGGUGGACAUGGAAAUUAAUUAAAUUUAUUUGUCUUUGUUACAAUAAAUGACGUGUGUUACAAGACAGACACUAUGUUUGUAUGUUGAUAUUUUCCUUUACUGUCAAUGAAAAAGACACAAGUAAAGAGUCAAUUUAUCCCUCUGCUACUUAUUUUUAUUCAUCUGUUUGUGGUUUAAUGAGAACUAUUAGUCUUUUAAUGUUACAUGGUAACAUGCACCAUAUUGACAACAUUGUGAAAUUUGUUUUUACAGUUUUACCACUCUUGAAUUAUUAUGAAUAUUUGCUUUUUGUGGAUUUACAACUCUAAAGGGCAAUUAAAGGGCAAUGGCAACUGA